AUGGGACAUGAAAACAUUACAGAAUUUAUCCUCUUGGGGCUUUUUAGUGAUCAAGAUGCAAAAACUGCCUGCUUCGUGCUGUUCUCUCUUUGCUAUCUUGCCAUUCUCUCAGGAAAUCUGCUCAUUCUUCUGACCAUCAAGGGCAGCCAUCUCAGGGAGCAGCCCAUGUACUUUUUCCUAAGCUACCUGUCCUUCAUGGAUGUCUGUUUUACCUCCACUGUGGCCCCUAAACUCAUCACAGACUUGCUGAUCCAGCAGAAGACCAUCUCCUACAACAGUUGCAUGGCCCAGAUGUUUUAUGCCCACUUCUUUGGCGCCACUGAGAUUUUCAUUUUGGUGGCCAUGGCCUAUGACCGCUACGCAGCCAUCUGCAGACCUCUUCAAUACAUGGUCAUAAUGAGCAGACAGGUGUGCUAUGUUCUGGUGAUGGCCUCUGUAACUGGAGCAUUUAUCCAUUCCAUCCUCCAUGUACUGAUUAUCAUGGAACUUCCUUUCUGUGGUCCUAAUCAGAUAGACCAUUAUUUCUGUGAUGUUUUCCCUUUGCUAAAGUUGGCCUGUACUGACACUAGGCUGUUAGAAAUUGUAAUCAUCACCACCACAGGAACAAUGUCCAUUUUGACCUUUGUUGCCUUGGUGAUUUCUUACAUCAUAAUCUUGUCCACCCUGAGGACCCGCUCUUCUGAGGGCCGCCGCAAAGCGCUCUCCACCUGCGGUUCACACAUCACUGUGGUGUUCAUGUUCUUCUUACCCCUCAUCUUCACCUAUGUUCCCACAGCUGAUUCUGUCAGUGAUGGCAAGGUGUUUGCCCUAUUUUACACUAUGAUUGCUCCCAUGUUCAAUCCUUUCAUCUACACACUGAGAAACACAGACAUGAAGAAUGCCAUGAGGAAAGUAUGGUGCCGAGACAAACUGUCUGAAGGGAAAUGA